CGCCAUAUAUCGAAGACUGGUAAGGAAAGGCAUGUCUUACAUCGCAAACUUGCUGGGAUUCCGCAGAUUCAACGAGUUGUAGAAGCCUUUAUCACUUGGAGAGGACUCUUGCAGCCAAUUGUGGAAAGCGGCAGUAGUAGUUCCAGGCAUCAACUUUCUCCAUGGCACCCAACUCAUGGCAACAAUUUGGGUCAGCCGACGAAGCUGCGGGCGAUGCUAUGUUCGCUUGUUGUGACACUGGCGCUGAAAUGUUUCGGGACCAGGCAGCAGAUUCUGCGGAAUUCCAUAGCCCGAAUCACGCGCCGAGGUCCGAGAACGGCGCCGCCGAACUGCCUUUUGAGUCGACCUCACCUUUUUUUGACACGGAAGCUGAAAUGCCUCGGGACCGCCCAACAGAUUCUGCACAAAACGGCGCUGACGAAACAUGCCACGAAAAUCUCUGCUUGCACGACGACAGUUACCACGCGUCGAGCUCUCCGCGAAUGUCGCGCAUCUUUCCCUGGCGUUUCGCGACUGUAGAUCCGGGCCUUCCCACUCAGCCAUCCUCCCAUAGCGUUUCACAUCCCACCAUCCCCGUUAAAAUCCUCGACCUUUCACAGAUGCCGCUCUUUCCCAGGUCGGCGCAUUCUCUGACGCCGCAUUGGCGCGCAGUGGAAGCAAUUACCGCUGGUAGUGCCCCCAAAAAUCCAAGAAAAGAGCUUGCUAGCGGCUAUACUGGAGGCGUUUUCCCGCUGCUGCUGUUGCUAGCGGUGCUGCUCCUGGCGGUGCUUCUGGCGGCUGUUGCGUUUUGGGUGAGCCAGCCUCGGGGCAUCCUCGCGUUAGGCAGGUUCGGUACUUCACGUGAAGCAGCUGUAUGGCUCCAGGCGACUGAUGGCGCUCGCAUGGGGUAUACCGUUCGUAGUAAUGCGGGUAGCUGUGGUAACCAGCGAAAUCAAGGCGAAGACGCUCCACCGUCAAUGGCCGUCCCCCUGCCGCCUUCCGCCCGUCCCGUUCCCUCCCUCCCCCCUCCGCUCAUCCCCGGCUCUCGCGUCCGCUCCCCUGCACACCUGGCGCAGCUGCAGCGGCGCUGGCGGUGCUUGAGCGCGCGCGGGGAGUGGGUUCUUCCGCCCGCCCCGCGCCUGCUCCCCUGGUCGCGGAAGCAGAGCCGGCGGAGCGAGUGGGAGUGCGACGACCGUUGGAUCGACACGCCCAGCCACGUGGCGUUCCGUGAGGCGGAUGUGAUUGCAGCGAAUGCGAUCUCAGGAAAAUCGGGGGAGAUGGCUGCGGGGAAGGGGGAAGCUGGGGGGGAAAACGGGGGAAAUAGAGGAGAAAAAGCGGGGGAGGAGGCGGAAAGAACAGAAAAACGGGAACUGGCGGAAGGGGUUGGCUCAACGGAGGAAGUGGGGGGGGAACAAGAGGGAGGAGUAUGGAUGGGGGAAGGCGUUGGGGAAGGGGGGGGGAGAGCGGCAGUGGCGGGGGCAAGAGGCCAGAGAAGGGGAAAGGGGGGAGGCAAAAGCAAGGGGAGAGGAAAAGGGAUAAGGGGAAGAAGAGCAGAGAGAGCAACAGAGGCAGCCUCAGGAGAGACGACGGCAGGAGGGGAGGUUGAGAGGCAGUGGAAUGUUCGGCGUGCGGCUAAGUACCGGUGGGAAGUCAAGAGGGUGGACCAGAGUGUGGAUGGCAGUGUGGAUCGCAAAGUGGAUAGCAGUGUGAAUAACAGUGAUGAGUGUGGAGUAUGGCGGGAUGUGGAUGCAGUGAAGCUUGCUGAGAAGCUGCCAGGAACGAAGGUGCUUAUAGUGGGGGAUUCGAUGAAUCACAUCCUGUAUUCCUCCCUGCGGAAUCACUUCCGCAUGGUUACCACAAGAGCAGAGCUUGGGCUGUUGAGUGAAUCAGCAUCCACACCAUCUUCAUCAGCAGAAGCAGAAGCAGCAGCAGAAGCAGCAGCAGCAGCAGCGGAGGUGACCGGCGUCGUGCCUCCUUUCUGUCACGCCCGAACUGGCUUGUUCCCCGAGUUGCACAAGCCGCGGUUUCCCCGGGCCUGCGAGGGGUUUGUAUUCCAGUAUCCCUCCUCCUCCACCAUCCCUGUUGCGAUCACCACCUCAGUCAACGCCUCAGGCAACAAAGAAGUCAACGCCUCAGGCAACAAAGAAGUCAACGCCUCAGGCAACAAUGAAGGCAACAAUGAAGGCAACGCCUCAGUCAACAAAGAAGUCAACGCCUCAGUCAACAAAGAAGUCAACGCCGCAGUCAACGUUUCAGUGCUCUUUAUACGGAACGAUGGGCUGAGCACGAGCCUGGAACCAGCGAUGAACAGCACUUCCAAAUCAGCCUACAUUCCCUGGGUGGACUUGCUGCAUGGGUUCCCUGAUCUGGUAGCAGCAGCAGCAGCACCGCCAGCAGCAGCAGCACCACCACCACCACCGGUAGCAGCAGGAGCGGCAGAAGCAGCAGGAGUAGCAGCAGCAGCAGCAGCAGCAGCAGCAGCAGGAGCGGCAGGAGCGGCAGAAGCAGCAGGAGUAGCAGCAGCAGCAGCAGCAGCAGCAGCAACAUUUCCUCCCAGCUUAAUUGCGCCUACUAUCGCUGAGCAACUCCUGAUAGAAUCGCCGGUGUCGGUGCUUGUGCUAAACCGGGGUGCUCACUUUGUGGAGACUUCACGUUUCGUAUCAGAGCUCAACCACACGCUCACUACAGUGCGGGAAGCCGCUCCGAAUCUCCUUAUAAUAUAUCGAAGCACGCCUCCAGGCCAUGAUAAGUGUGACCUGUAUCAAGAACCACUUGGGCAGCCACAGGAGGGGAGUACCUUGCCCUUUGGGUGGGGAGAGUUUGCCAAGCAGAAUGAGGAGGCAAGAAGGCUCGUGGAAGGAAAAGGUGGUGUAUUUUUUGAUGUGGAUGCAAUGACUGCGUUACGGGCGGAUGGGCAUUAUAAUCCGCCCAAAGACUGCUUGCACUACUGCUUGCCUGGUCCACCGGAUGAAUGGGUGAGGCUGCUGUACAACAUGCUACUUGAUCUGUUGUGAAACGUGUACCUGCAUGGUCCCUAGCCCAUGGAGGUCCUAGCUUACCGGUUUCGGGUUAUACUUCGUGUAACAUAAUGAAAGUGCCACUACUAG